CUAGUGUGUGAGACUGUGAGCUGGCACUUGCUCCCCUUUUCCACCAUCACCCCCUUACAUAUAUAUACCAUCCCGCACUUUGACUUAUGUUCAUCAUUCAAAACAUUUCACAAUUUCAGACAUCUGAAACCAAUCUCCUCAGAUACAUCAAAACUGAAAAAUGCAGAGGUCAAACAAAAGGAUCAAGCAGGAGGAAAGCAACAGCAUCGCCGCCACAUCCGCAGCGACGCCGCCUCUGCAGCGCCUCUCUAAUGAGGAAGAAGUCUCGGUCAUGGUGGCCGCCUUGAAGAAUGUUAUCACGGGCGAAGCGGCACUCGUUAACACGGCUCACGAGUUCAGAUUCAUGUCAUACGGCCGCGGCGCCGCCGCGGGCGAUGGGCUCUUCUCUGUUUCCGGCGAUAUGGAGACGUGCAGGUUCUGCGGGAUUAAAGGGUGCUUGGGUUGUAAUUUGUUCAACGAGGAGAAGAAGGCGGCGGGGGGAGGCAAUGCGCCGCCGCCGCCGCCUGCGGAGGCGGCGACGGGGAAGAAGAGGAAGAAGAAGAAUUACAGAGGCGUGCGGCAGCGGCCGUGGGGGAAGUGGGCUGCGGAGAUACGGGACCCGCGGAAGGCGGCGCGCGUGUGGCUGGGGACGUUCGAGACAGCCGAGGACGCGGCGAGGGCCUACGACAGGGCGGCGAUCGAGUUCCGGGGGCCGCGGGCGAAGUUGAAUUUCCCGUUCUCGGACUACACGUCGGCCGCUUCCCCUACCGUGGCGAGCUCUUCGAGCUCGCAGCGGCAGAAGGAAGCGGCGAUCGUGGCGGCGCCGAAGAAGAUGAUGAGCAAACAGGAAAAUGGGGGAAUGUGGGAAAUUGGAUCGAGCAGCAAUAAUCAGAGUAACAAUGAUUAUAAUUUUUGGGAUUUGACGAUUGGGGAAGAAGAUAUGGAGCAGUGGAUGACGAUGAUGGAUUUCAACAAUGGGAAUUCCUCGGAUUCUGCUAAUGGCGGGAAUGUUCAAAGCGUGUAGUACUAUUGAAUAGAAACGUUUUUUAUUUUUUAUUUUAUAACUAUUUUUUUUGAGAUAUGGGUGUGACUAAUUUGAGAAUUUUAAAAAUUCAAAUUUUGGCAUAAACCCAGCUCUCUCUUUUUUAGAUAUGCAUAUACAUAUUAAAUUGAUUAAUUAGUUAGCCGAAUAAUUCCAAAUAAGAACUUGCUGAAAAUAAGAAAUUUGCAAUGGAUUAA